AUGGUUAAUUUAUUGUUAUUGACAAAUUUAGUACUAAUUAGACCUACUGUGAGUAAUGAAAGUACUGAGAAUUUACCACAAACAGAAGAACAAAGAGAUGGACUUUUUUAUCAACAGCAAUUAAAUAGUUUUCCAAAUCAAGGAAUGAUGUCGACGAUGUCAAUGCAAAAUCCUUCUUUAGUUAAUUUUGAUUUUAACUGCAAAUGUGUUGCAAAAGUUAAUUCAGCAAUUAAUUCACCGGCCCCUAUAGAUGCUAAUGCACAAGCACAACAACAAAUACAACAAUUACAAGAACAACUUAAACGUUUACAAGAAACAGUUAGAAAAACACAACAAGGAUCAACACCAUUUGAAACUUUUGCUAAUACAUUAUCUCUAGCUGAAGGUUUAGAUUGUUCAUGUAGUGGUACACAAAAUAGUGGUAAUAGUAUAAUUAACCAAAUGGGAGUUUCAACAUUUGGUGGUAAUACACCUAAUCAAUAUAUAAAUCCAGGUCAGUUAAAUCAACUACAAGGAAUAGUUCAACAACAAUUACAAGGUGGUAUUUCAAGAGCUAAUCAACUUCCAAUCGCAACAAGAUAUUCACCUGUUACAGAUUAUGCAUAUCGUACUGGAGCUUUUUAUCCAUGA